CCGCCCUUCCGCGGGGAGCUGGUACAUAAGAGGCCCGACGCCUCUGCAGCAACCAUACCCUCUCCACCCGUCAACCCGUGAAUUUAUCCACUCACUAAACCCUAAACUAAGACGUGAUGCUGCCGAGGACGUGGCUCGUGGGGGCGCUGGUGGUGUCCAUGCUGGGGGUGGCGCAGCCCAUCAUCAUCAUCGACCCCUUCCUGGCCGGCACACUCAUCGCAGCUGGAGGCGCAGCUGCACUGCUGGGCGCUGCCACCAUUGGCGCAGGGGCCGUCGGGGCAGGUGUGGUCGGUGCAGGAGCAGCGGUGGGGGCUGCUAAGCUCGGGGCAGUUGGCGCAGGUGCAAUUGGUGCCGCUAAGGUCGGGGCCCUGGGAGCAGGUGCUCUGGGGGCCGCCGGAGUGGGCGUUGGCACCGUGGGCUUAGCUAAAGUGGGUCUGGCGGCGACGGCACACAGCGGAUUCUCAGCAGGAGUUCGUUCCUCUCACAACAACCAGCACAGCGGCAGCUACACCGUCAGCUACAGCAACAGAAGGCACCGGCGCGGAAUCAACAGCAUCACCGCUGCUCAGGAGCUGCUGCUGAGGGACGCAUAUGCCAUGGACCAGGAGAAGCCCUGUGGCCUGCGGCUGGUGUGCGAGCUGGCCACCAAGGGCGCCGACGAGCUGGAGAGAGAGGAGCUGCUCAUCUUGGACCUGCUGUAUCGCUCCCACUCCCCGGACAGCAUGCUGGUGCCCUACGAGGAGGCACUCCAAAUCGGCCGCACCAGCACCUCUUCCGCCGCAUGCGCCGAGGUGUACCAGCGCUGCGAGUUUGACCGAUCCCAGAUCAUGCACAUCUUGCGGCAGAACUUUGUUGCCUAGAGACACUCACAGGUCCCCUUCACUCACCCCCUGUGACGCUUCCCACCCCCCUCCACUCCUACCAUCACUCAUCGAGAGAGAGAGAGAGAGAGAGAGAGAGAGAGAGAGAGAGAGAGAGAGAGUGUGUGUGACCGUGUGUGCGUUACGUUUCAUUUAUUAUAUAACCUCUCACAAUCCCGCUAUAAUAAACAUAUAAUUCUGAGCGCCA